CAACGACUACAACAGAGGCAACAACAACAAUUAAACCAACAACAACCACAAUGGAGGCAACAACUUUAACCAGAAAUGAGCCAACAUCUUUAACCAUAAAUGAACCAACAACUACAACUGAGACAACAACUUCAACCACAAAUAACCCAACAACUACUACUGAGGUAACAACAACCACAAAUGAACCAACAACAACCACAAUUGAGCCAACAACUUCAACCACAAAUGAACCAACAACCACAAUUGAACCAACAAAAACCACAAUUGGGCCAACUACUUCAACCACAAAUGAACUAGCAACGACAACUGAAGAAACAACAACCACAAUUGACCCAGCAACAACCACAAUUGAGGCACCAACAACUACAACUGAGACAACAACUUCAACCACAAAUAACCCAACAACUACUACUGAGGUAACAACAACCACAACUGAGCCAACAACAACCACAAUUGUGCCAACUACUUCAACCACAAAUGAACCAACGACUACAACAGAAGCAACAACUGAACCAACAACAACCACAAUUGAGGCAACAACAACCACAAAUGAACCAACAACAACCACAAUUGAGCCAACAAUUUCAACUACAAAUGAACCAAUUACUACAACAGAGGCAACAACAACAACAAUUGAACCAACAACAAACACAAUUGAGGCAACAACAACCACAAGUGAACCAACAACAACUACAAUUGUGCCAACUACUUCAACCACAAAUGAUCCAACAACUACAACUGAUGCAACAACAACCACAAAUGAUCCAACAACUUCAAUCACAAAUGAACCAACGACUACAACACAGGCAACAACAACAAUUAAACCAACAACAACCACAAUGGAGGCAACAACAACCACAAUGGACACAACAACUUCAACCAGAAAUGAGCCAACAUCUUCAACC